AUGUCUUCACCGCAAGUUAUAAAAAUCAAGCUGUUGCAGUUCUGUUUCAUUAAAAUACAUUUGAUAACAGAUAUAAAUAUGGACAGUUAUGCUGAACUCUGUGGAUUUAUGGACGCAAAAUUACCUGGAAAUUUAAUGCGAAAAAGAUCAUUUGUUUCAUGGAAAACUUGGCGACGACAUUGGUGCACUGUACGUAAAUUAGGACCUGGAUUAGGUGCUGAAGUUCAAUUGGAGCGUGGACUCACCAUUGAUGGUUUAAAUGCAUAUCGUAACACCAUUAAAAUUCCGUCUGACUCAAUAAUAUGCCGCACCGAAUCUCGAACAAAAUCAUAUGCAUUUGGUAUAUUUCCUGCCAAAGAAAGAAAACCAUUUCUUUAUUUAAGUGGAAUGUCUGAAUCAGAAACACAGAGAUGGAUGGCUAAUAUUAGAGAAUUAUUAAAACCUCGGCGAUGUCGUUUUUUAGAAGGUACAUUCAAUAUUUCAAUGGUUGAUAACACUCAUUCAAGGUCCGCUGGUUUAACAGGCUUACAUGGAGAUUUAGUUGCUAGUCGCAGUGGAAUUUUUGUAAAAGAUGUUCAUAAUGGCAAUAUUAUUGAACAUUUAGAGUGGACUGAAAUGAAUCAAUUUAAUUUAGCAACCAUUGGUCAUCCGGAUGAUGUGAAAAGAAUUUGUGUCAUUCAUACAACAAAAUCAUUUCGCGGUGGUAUUGGAGAACUUUAUAUAUUUUGUUUAAAUGCGAGUCAAUUAUUACAGAGUUUAGUGAAGCAAGGCCGUGAGCCUUUUAAUAAAAUUAACAAAGUCGAAAUAAUUAGGCCUUUAAGCUUGAGCGAAGGUGAUUUGAGAUUUACAAAUGAUAAUGAAACGGGAAGUUUAACUAUAAAAAAUAAAGUAUCAAAUAUUAGUAAUGCUGGAUUAUUGUUGUUACAACCAAGGCUGGAACGCGAGGGAAAGUUUAUGUUUAACGAUACCAGUGAUUCUGGUAAUACGUUACGAAAGAUAAAUGAGGAUAAAUUAGAUUAUUAUAUGCGAGCUGUGGAUAAUGUCUAUGAAACUGAGCCUGCUAAUUUAUCAAAUAUUAGUGCAAGUCUAGAAGAGCUCGAAGAACCUCUGCAUAAAAGAGUGUCUAAUUUGUCAGUAGCUUCGGGUAUUUAUGAAGAAAUUGUGGAGAAUCAUUAUGACAAUAAACUCAGUAUGGAUAAUUUACAUCUAUAUGAGAAUCUUAGUGACAUUAAACUUAAUUCUUAUAAUAAAAGCCGUAUACCACCACCACUACCUCCUCGAACACGGUGUGCUUCUGACUCUUCAAAAAAUGGAGUAUUAAGUGAUGAGGAAUUAUGUCACGAAGAAAAUUCAAAGUUAUUGACAUCAAACACACCAUUGACUGAUAUUAAUUUAGAAUCUUCACAAAAAAUUUUAAUGCCAGUUUAUACGACAUCUGAGCAUUCUGACUAUGUUCCAAUGUCACCAAGACCCAAAGAUUUUGCUGCAGAGCAAGAAAAAAAACAAUUAGUUUCUCAUGAAGAAGACAUUUAUAUGGUUAUGCGAUAA